CAUAAUCACCAUUUACUUGACUCGGAUGAACAAACCCAAUUAGUUAUCCAACACCUGCAAGUUAACAAGUUUCUCCUCAUCGAUCCCUCCGGUUAAAUCUUCGUCAAUUUUCCGGCGAGAUCUCAACCAUCCGUCGGAAAAAUAGUCGAAGAUCCGAUCCGAGGCAAAGGUGUUAUAGCUGUGGCGGAUCUGAUCCGGAGUAGCUACUAUUGGAAUUGAUUUCCUUUCCAAGACUAUGUAUCUUGAAGAUCGGACUGUACGAUUGCAGUUAUGGGAUACUGCAGGGCAAGAGAGAUUUAGGAGUCUCAUCCCAAGCUAUAUAAGAGACUCAUCUGUUGCUGUCAUAGUUUAUGAUGUUGCAAGCAGACAGUCCUUUCUGAAUACAGCAAAAUGGAUUGAUGAGGUUCGAACUGAGAGAGGAAGCGAUGUUAUUAUUGUGCUAGUUGGGAACAAAACUGAUCUGGUGGAGAAGAGGCAAGUUUCGAUAGAAGAAGCUGAGUCCAAAUCUCGCGACCUUAAUGUGAUGUUUAUUGAAACUAGUGCUAAGGCUGGCUUCAAUAUUAAGCCAUUAUUCAGGAAGAUUGCUGCAGCCUUGCCUGGUAUGGAAACUCUAUCAUCAGCUAAACAAGAGGAUAUGGUUGAUGUGAACCUCAGGUCUGGCAACAAUAAUGGAUCUCAAUCACAAGAGCAAUCAGGAGGGUGUGCUUGCUGAUAACCGAACCUUCCUAAUUUCAUGGAAACAUAUUUUGAUUGUAAAGUUGUUGGUUGGCUUUGAUAGUAUUGAAUUUUGGUCGUGAUAUAUAGUGAGAAUUCUCUCAGUCGUCCCUCCUGUUAAUUGUUGCAUCUAUUCUCUGUAUCCUAUUUUCUUCAUGUUAUCAACAGCAUGGUCUUAACAGUGGUUACAUUCACUAAAACUCAGGAAAAAAGGUGUUGUUUUUAAUAA